CCGGGCGAUGGCGGCGCUGACUGGCCCUGGGCGGCCGCCGCGGCAGGGCGAUGGCGGGGCCGGCGGGACCCUCGUCGCGGCCCUCGCGCUGCUGCUGCUGCUGCUGCCGCUGCCGCCGGGCGUGGCGGGUGCAUCAUGUUGUUACCUUGCAAAGGGUAACUUAAUGUGUCGCGAUGUUUGUGAACAGAUCUUGACAUCAAAAAGUGAUUCUCAUUUGAAACACCUAUUGCAACGUGCACCUGAAUAUUGUCCAGAAUCAAUGGGAGAAGUUUGGGACUGUAUAAAUUCCUCUUUGCCAGGUGUUUUGAAGAAAUCUGAUGGCUGGGUUGGCUUAGGUUGCUGUGAGUUAGCCAUUGUUGUAGAAUGUCGCCAAGCAUGUAAACAGGCAUCUUCAAAAAAUGAUAUUAUGAAAGUUUGCAGGAAAGAAUAUGAGAAUGCACUUUUUAGCUGCAUCAACAGAAAUGAAAUGGGAUCAGUUUGUUGCAGUUAUGCUGGUCAUCACACAAACUGCCGGGAAUAUUGCCAGGCAAUCUUUCGAACAGACUCUUCUCCAGGUCCUUCUCAGUUCAAAGCUGUUGAAAGUUACUGCGCCUCCGUUAGCCCACAAUUAAUUCAUUGUGUGAACAACUACACACAGUCCUAUCCAAUGAGAAAUUCAACAGAUAGUUUAUACUGCUGUGAUAGAGCAGAAGAUUAUGCCUGCCAAACAGCUUGUAAAAGGAUCCUGAUGUCAAUGAAAACAGAGCUUGAAAUUGUGGAUGGACUUAUUGAAAGCUGUAAAACGAUGCCUCUGCCACAGGAUCCUCUAUGGCAAUGUUUCCUUGAGAGCUCAAGAUCUGUUCACCCUGGAGUCACUCUGCACCCUCCACCCUCAACAGGUCUGGAUGGUGCUAAAUUACACUGCUGUUCUAAAGCAAAUACUUCCAUAUGUAGAGAUUUAUGCACUAAACUUUAUAGCAGCAGCUGGGGCAAUACACAGAGCUGGCAAGAAUUUGAUCGCUUUUGUGAGUAUAACCCAGUCGAAGUUUCCAUGUUGACCUGUUUAGCAGAUGUACGUGAACCUUGUCAGCUGGGCUGUAGAAAUCUUACUUACUGCACUAAUUUUAAUAACAGGCCAACAGAACUCUUCAGGAGCUGCAAUGCCCAGUCUGACCAAGGAGCCAUGAAUGACAUGAAACUUUGGGAGAAAGGAACAAUUAAGAUGCCAUUUAUCAAUAUUCCUGUUCUUGAUAUUAAAAAAUGCCAGCCGGAAAUGUGGAAGGCAAUUGCUUGUUCACUGCAGAUAAAGCCGUGUCACAGUAAAUCUAGAGGGAGCAUAAUCUGCAAGUCGGAUUGCGUGGAAAUUCUCAAGAAAUGUGGAGAUUUAAGCAAAUUUCCUGAGGGACACAUGGCCGAAAGCAUCUGUGAACUUCUGUCUCCAACCGAUGACUUGGAGACUUGCAUACCUUUAGAUACAUAUGUUCGCCCAAGCACUUUAGGGAACAUUGUGGAUGAUGUUACACACCCCUGUAACCCAAAUCCUUGUGCUGCCAAUCAGUUAUGUGAAGUAAAUAGAAAAGGAUGUCAGGCUGGGGAACCGUGUCUUCCUUAUUUUUGUAUACAGGGCUGCAAGUUGGGCGAAGCUUCCGAUUUUAUUGUCCGCCAAGGUACCCUCAUCCAGGUUCCGUCCUCUGCGGGAGAUGUUGGUUGCUAUAAGAUCUGCACGUGUGGCCAGAGUGGGCUGCUGGAAAACUGUAUGGAACUGCACUGUGUUGACCUCCAAAAAUCAUGCAUUGUUGGAGGGGAAAGAAAAGGCCACGGAAAACCUUUCAAAAUAGGUUGCAAUGUCUGUUCUUGUUUUGCUGGGAAUCUGAUCUGCUCCACUCGCCAGUGUCUAAAUGAAUACAACUCAGAUGAUGAGCAUGACAUUACAGGUCUGCCAUGUAACUGUGCUGAUCAGUUUGUCCCAGUGUGUGGACAGAACGGUCGUACCUAUCCAAGCGUAUGUAUAGCACGUUGUGUUGGGCUUCAGGACAAUCAGUUUGAAUUUGGAUCCUGCAUCUCCAAGGAUCCUUGCAACCCUAAUCCCUGCCUUAAAAAUCAGAGAUGUAUACCAAAGCCACAGGUUUGCUUAACGAGUUUUGAGAAGUUUGGAUGUAACCAGUACGAAUGUGUGCCCAGACAAUUCAAUUGUGGUGACCAAUUGCGAGAUCCUGUUUGCGAUACAGACAAUAUAGAAUAUAGCAGUCCAUGUGUUCUACACCAAAAAGGGAAAAGUGUAUCAUACAAAGGUCCAUGUCAGUCAUUUUGCAAAUCAGUUGAUUUGGUAUGUGGCCAUAAUGGUGAAACCUACAACAAUGUGUGCGCUGCGUAUUCUGAUCGUGUGGCAAUAGAUUACAAAGGACCUUGUCAAGCUGUAGGAGUCCUUUCUGACUACAGUUAUCAAGGAGAAUGUGCGUCUGUUACAUGUCCUCGUCUUGCAGCAACUGGAUACAAGUCAGUUACCCCACCAGGAGCAUGCUGUUCUUUGUACGCUGCAAUACUCAGGGUCUUGUAUGAUAAAGAAAAGCUGGAUACCUUCGCCAAGAUAACCAACAAAGGGCCAAUCACUGUACUUGAAAUACUUCAGAAGAUCCGCCUCCAUGUGUCUGUGCCACAGUGUGAUGUUUUUGGAUACUUCAGCAUAGAAUCUGAAAUCGUGAUCCUCAUCACACCUGUUGAUCAAAACCCUAAGCCUCUUCAGAUUGAAGCCUGCAAUAAAGAAGCAGAGAAGAUAGAAUCGCUGAUCAACUCUGACAGUCCUGCUCUAGCAUCCCAUGUGCCACUUUCAGCACUUAUCGCAGCCCAGGCGGAAGUUUCACGCAAGAUGUCUUCUUCUUGCAGCCUGGUUAUGCAAGCACAGUGUACUUUCUUCUGGAGCCUUGUGCUCACUUUCACAGCCACAAUAUUUAAUACGUAGUGGCAAGUGAGGUUUGUAAUUUGAUUUGCGAAAGACAUUCAGAACUUAACGGUGUAUUAAUAAUGUAACAUUAAUAAUGUUUCCGAGAGGAAACUAUAUGACCAAAGUGAUUACUCCACACAGCACCAGCAAUAAUGUACAAUUUACCUGGGAGACCGAUUCCCCCUGCCCUGAGUUGAAGGCUCUGCCUGUAGUGUGCGCUUUCGUUUCUUUUGAUCCUCUUGUCAUUUUUGGUCAAACAGUUUUGGAGAAUUUUGCAAUGCUUCCAAAAUCAGGAAAAUGUGUUGAGUGCACAUGGUAGCAAGACAAAAGAAAUGACUGUCUGGACAGUUAAAGUGCUAGCAUACCGCUUUCAACUAUAUGGAGGAAAAGACAUCCUCUGUCUCAAGCCUUAAACUGCAAUCCAGCACUCAAGCCAGUAGGGAUUGAAGAAGCUUAACUAUGCACGGUUAUUUGGAAGUAAGUCACACUAAGUUGCAUGGUGCUUACAAUGCGGUACAAGUCAGGUUUCACAUUUAGGAGCCUUGCCUUACCCUUGCAUUUGUUAAAACAGGGAUAGGGAACCUAUGGCCCUCCAGAAUUUGUUGAACUCCAUUUCCUGUCAUCCCUGGCCAUUGACCAUGCUGGGGUUGAUGGAAGUUGGAAUCGACAACAUGUAUAAGAAGAUGCUGAGCAGAACUAUCACUGCAGUGGAAACAGAAGUUUUUCACUUCCUGUGACUUCCUGUUCCUUUUGAGUGGAGGAGGCCAGCCAGUAACUGGGGAGGCUCGGCCUCAGGGGACUGCAGCCUUCCCACACUAGCUAGCCUCCUAUCUUUGGAGGGGUGGAAAACAAGACAAUAUAGGUCUCAUGCAGCAUACAGGGCUAUGCAUUCCUCCCUAUAUCAAAACUUGGAUGAAAGUGUGCACUUUUAUCUAUGCAGGGGUGGCUUGGGAGCACAUGUCUCUGCCAAUGUUCCUCCACAGCCACAUAGAUAAACUACACACACAAAGCAGCACCCUAAGCUUACUUAUGGGCCUGCUAGAUUGGUCUCUUGCUCUGUCCAGUCUCCAGGGACAGAACACCUGUUGUGAAGGCAAAGUAACUGUUGGAAGAUAUUUUGAUUUCCAUGUAAGAGGAAAUCGUUAUGCAAGUCCCCCCCCCCAACCAAAACUUUGCAAUAAUUUUAUACAAUAUUUGUCUAUUACUAAGAGGAGGGGUGGCUAACGACCAACCCUGGGGGGCGGGCGGGUGCAGUCCCCAAGCAAAUUUAUCUGUGUUCCCCAACACCCUACCAAUUAUGCUGGCGGCAAAAGCCAGAAAGAAGGGGGUGGGGAUAAUGCAGACCUGGAGCUGAGGUGGGCAGAGGUUUAAACUUCCCCAACUGGCCCUGAUGUGGAAGGAGAUCACCCCUCCCCAGUCAACAGAUCAAUAAGUUGAUGAGUGAGGAGCAGGGAAUAGCCCUUCCCCGUCAGCUAGUCUACAUGGAUCAGCCAAGGAGAAGGGAGGCUCUCUGCGUAUGCAUGUUUGUGUGCGCAUGUGUGAGUGUAGGGUGGCCACACCCACUAUUGCCAUGCAGCCCCAGGGGGGGGGGGUUGGCCAGAAGUGAAUGUGACCCUCAAGCCAAAAAAGAUUAGCAACCCCUGACUUAGAGGUAUAUCAUUCAGAAUAUUUUAAAACAUAAAUUUCUAAGUGAAACAAAUUGCUGCUACUUAACUUACCAAAAAAUGAACUGAAUAACUCAACUGUAAAUACAUUCUAUAUUUUAUUAUGAAGAAUAUAGCCAUGAGCCUAAUUCUGCAAAGAGUAGCAUGUUUGUGUAAAAUUCUACAGGCAAAGAAGGGUUUUGCAGAGUGUCCCUCCUGCAAUGUCAAUCAUGUUUUAAGCUAGCAUCUUUCUUACAUACAAAUUGUAUGCAAUAUACAGAUGCAAAUGCAGUAUUCUCUUGACCUUUUUUUUAUAGAAGCAAAGUUAUGAAGAAUUCAAGCUAUUUAUAUGUCAUUCUAAAUAUUACAGUAUUUGCAUACUAUCUAAAUUUACACUUUAGUGUGUUCAUAUUUUAUACAAAGCAUAUGUUUUAAUUCUUGGGGCUCAAUCAGUGGGAAGAUCUCCAGUAGAAGCCUAUUUGAAGUAAAUCUGAGCUCUUGCACAGCUCCUAUUCACUUCAGGAGGACAUUCCCAGGAGACCCAUCUGCUGGCUUGUGCCCUGUUCUUGUGCACCUGAACUUUAUCUACAUGAAGUAUUUUGUAUCAGUAUUAUGAUAGCCAACUUUUGAAGUGUAUACAGGUUGCAUCGUCUUUGCCAAAUUGUUGAACUUUAAAAGGAGGAACUGAAAAUUAAUUUCAACGUUUCUGUGUUGUCAAAUGUCGUGGCAAGUGUUUUGUAUUCUUACAAAAAGAAAAAAAGUCUUUGCAAUGCAAUAUGAAAACCUUUAUUUUAAUAAAAAUAUUUUUUAUUUUC